CUGCCCGUGCCCUGUGACCAGGGGCUGUGGUCACCCUGGCUUGGGUCACAGUCCUGCUUGGCAGCCCCGGGCCUGCACAGCAUCUCCAUCAUAGAACAGCAGGGCUGGACCCACAUCCAGGAGCAUCCCUGUCCCAACUGCCCUCUCCAUCGCCACUGUGUUGCCUCUUGGCAAACCCAGCCCUGAUGCAGCUGCCAACCCACGCCUGGCAGGGCAGAGCAACCGUGGCAGAUUUCCCAGGAGUGGCUAAGGAUGGUGCCAGUCACGCUGCAGGCCAUGCUUCUCGGUUUCCUGCUCUGUGCUGCCGGAGAGUGAGGUGCCGCUGGGGCGGGGACAUCCUUGGCCUCCUGCCCCAGAGCUGGCUGCGUUUCAGGGGUGGGGGAAGUGCUCCGUACUGGGAGAUUUGCACCCGUGCCCCUGUUGGAAGAAAGGGGCUGCUUGCGUGACAGGGCACUCCACUGCUUCCUUAUUUGUGAGCGAAAGGGGAGAGGAUGAACCCCAACUCUAUCUCUCUGGGUUAUUUCUGCAGCAGGACUCCCAAUGGCCACCUGGACCCCCAGGAAGGUAAAAUAUGAGGUUCAGUCAGAAAGUGAUGCCUCUUGUUUUUCACUCAGCCAAACAAGAACAUGAAACUUUCACAGAAAAGUUGUGCACCAUAGCCAAACACAGCUAUUUUUCAAUGUAAUCUCUUUAGUGGGCUUUUUUCACUGGUGAACAAGGGCAUGUAUCUUGACAUUGUACAAGGGUCACUCAGAAUGUAGUGCCUCCUGAUUUUUAUCUCUUACACAAGCCACGAACAUGGAGUGCGCUUAUUUUAUUGACUUCUUGCCUCAGGGAAGCCCGUGUCAGGACUCAAAAGGAAAUGAAUAUUGUAUGCAAAGACCCCAUACCACCAGACAUGGUACUUCUGGAUAAUGAUGUUUACCCACACACCAGCUUGCACACCAUAGAGGCAAUCUCAUUGCUUGAAUGGACUGUGCUGCCCCAUCCUGCAUACAGCCUGGAGGGGUGAAGGAUGGACUGCAAGGGCAACGUUUUGGAGAUGACAGUGAAGUGAUGGAGGCUGUGUGAUAGUGGCUGUGCAACAAAGGCAAAAAAGGCUUUCACAGUGUUGGGAUACGUGCCCUUGUUCACCAGUGGCGAAAGGCUGCUGGUGGCCUUUGUUGAAAAAUAGCUGUUGUUCAGUUAUGAUGUAUACAUUUUCUGUGCAAGUUUAAUAUUUUUUCUGUAAUAUUUAGUUGAGUGAAAAAAUAGGAGGCAUUACUUUGAUUGGCCUUCCUGUUUAGGAACCAUAGGCAGGUCUGUUCUGGACCUAGGUAAUAGUUACCUGCAAUCUGAAAACUUAAAAAUCCUAGGAUAAUAGGAAGGUAGGUCUGGAAGGGACCUCAUGAGGUCUUGUCCAGCCCCCUAAUCAAGGCAUGGGAGGGCCUCUUGCAGCCAAGGGCUUGUUCCAUGGGAGGACUUCUAGCUACCAGCUGUUCAGUCCUGCAGGCCUUCAAAGCCUGGUACUCCCAUGAAGCAGAUAGGAGCCACUCACCCUCACAUGCACGUUGAUGUUUGCCUUGUGUCUUGCAGCUUGGUGAAGCAAGGCCACAAGGAGGAUGAGGCAAACGUAGCUUUGGUGUGGUUCAGUGGAAGGCUCCAUAUCCGAGUGUGGCGUCCCAUCCCUGCAGGUGCUGAGUUGUUGUACUGGCCUAAAGAGGCCCAUGAUGGCCCUACCGAGGGGGAGGGAAGAAGGCUGCCAAGUGCCUCUGACACAAUAGCUGUUCCUGAGGAAGAGGAGAAUCCCAAUGGGGAGCUGGCAGCAGCAGCAGUGACAAAGACAGGAACUCCAAUGGUGGAGACUGUGGUUCAAAGGGAAGGGGCCUCCCCUGCUGGUAAAGCAGCAGAACCUUUCUCAGGUUGCUCUGAUAUUUCCCAAGUGAUGGACAAAGAAACCAGAGCCCAGGAUGUCCCUACUGAUGAAGGCAAGAAGCAGCCAGCCAAAUGUUCCCACAGGCUGCAAGGCAACAACCUGGAGGAGGAGAUCAUGACUCCUACAAAUGAGCUCUCGGAGACUGCGAUCCUGAGGAAAGAGAACCAUCACCCUGAGAGUACUUCAGCAGCUGAAGCUGAUAACAGAUGUAACAGGGGGUUGGUUGAGGGUGUGGAUCCCCCGACCAAGGCAGAGAAAGCAGAUGGGAAGCGAAGAGAGGCAAGUUUGGGAAAGCUCCAGCUGCCACUGCCUCCAUCGAAUGGAGUUCGACUCAGUGCUCGCUUGGCUGGGAAGCCACGCAAAAUUCACACAUUGACCGGCCAGUUCCGGAAGUGCCUGCAAGAAUGCAGUGCCAGGGUGUCUGGACAGGAGGCCAACAAUUCAAUCACUUAUGAGGGAGAAGAUGCUGUGGAGACCUGUAAGAAAGCUGGAAAGGUUUCCAAAGGCUGUUCCAAACUGGAGUCCCCAAAGCCCAGAAAGAAGGGCCUACCUGAUGCUUCAGAGGAGCACAAUGAGUACCCUAAAGUAGAAGUCACUGUUGAACUGGGGGAGGGGUCCUCUGAUAAGCUGGAUGUCUCCCAGCAGAAGUCCCAAAUUCAGGAGGAGGAGGCCAGUGAGCGCAAGUACCACUGUGGGGACUGCGGCAAGGCCUUUCUUCAGCUCUGUCAUCUCAAGAAACACAGGUUUGUCCACACCGGCUACAAGCCCUUCCUGUGCACAGAAUGUGGCAGGAGCUACAGCUCUGAGGAGAGCUUCAAGGCCCACGUGUUGUUCCAUCAGGGAGUGCGCCCCUUCCAGUGCAAGCAGUGCGAAAAGGCUUAUGGCACGAAGCGAGACCUGAGGGAACAUGAGGUGCUGCAUACAGGCAAGCGCCCCUUCACCUGUGAGGAGUGUGGUAAGACAUUUGCUCGCCGACCCUCCCUGCGCAUCCACAGGAAGAUCCACCUCGCCAAGGAGCUUGAUCCCGCCAGUCCCAAGGGAUGUGAGUGCGCCAUCUGCGAGCGCCGCCUGGCCAACCCUGGCUCCCUGCGUAAUCACAUGCGCCUGCACACUGGGGAGAAGCCCUUUGUCUGCCCCUACUGUGGCAGGGAUUUCCGGCAGCAGGGCAACCUGCGGGGGCACCUGCGGCUGCACACUGGUGAGAAACCCUACAAGUGCCGCUUCUGCGGGGACGCCUUCCCCCAGAUCCCAGAGCUGCGGCGGCACCUCAUCUCCCACACAGGGGAGGCCCACCUGUGCACAGUCUGUGGCAAGGCACUGAAGGACCCACACACACUGCGGGCCCAUGAGCGUCUGCACACAGGUGAGCGCCCAUUCAAAUGCGAGCAGUGCGGCAAGGCCUACACGCUGGCCACCAAGCUGCGCCGGCACCAGAAGUCCCACCUGGAGGACAAGCCCUACAAGUGUGACAUCUGUGGCAUGGGCUACACCCUCCUACAGAGCCUGACACGCCACAAGAUCACCCAUCGGACGGCCAGGAACUCCAACAAGCUGAUGGAGGCUGUGGUCUCGCUGGACAGGGACAUGCAAAAAGCUGCCAGGAAGAGGCCCAAGAGGACGGCCCCUCAAGUGGGGGAUACAGAGGAGCCUACGGUGCUUGUGGUACACUCGGCUUCCACAAGCGAGGCAGAACUCCUGAUAACUGCCAAUGGCCAUUGCAUUGCCACAUUUCCGCCCACAGGCAGCUCUCCGGAGCCCAUGGUGCUGGGCUCUGAGACCUCUGCAGGGCAAGAACCAAUAAACAAAGACAUCAUUGAGAUCACCAUCUCUGAGCAUGAGGACAAAUGCAUCAUUGUGCAAGACAAAGGCUCCCCAGGUGACUUGGUCAUCAUCCAGGAGAGUGUGGGCUUCAGUCAUGUGGCUGAGGUGGUGGAAGUGGAGACUGGGACCUGAUAGUCUCUCCCCACCUUUGCCUAACCUAUUUAGCCUUGCUGCAUCCACACAGGACGUGUGUGUGUGUGUGUAUUUAUAGAUAUAUAAAAAAUCUAUUUUCCA